AUGGAGCAGCCCAAGGCGUCGCCUCCGACGGAGAACGAUGCUCUCCCAUCCAGCCCGCCCCAGAAACGCAAGCUCAAGCGUCCGCGUACGGCAAGGGCGUGUAUGUUCUGCAGGAGGCGCAAAGUGCGAUGUACAGGCACCCAGCCCUGCGAUUACUGCUUUGGCGAGGAGGUUCGUUGCGAGUACGACGAUGGGAUGACGAGGCCACCUCCUGGGCCGUUCGGUCGUCCCCCGAGCUCUGCUCCAGUCUAUCACAAGGCCCCAAUAACUUGGACCUCGCCCGGCGGCCUGACAGGCGAACGUGCUACUGCCACGACUCCAACUGAGCAGCCGUCGAAGCGACGAGCUGUCACCUCCCGCGAGCACACGCCGCAUAACUCUCGAGGGCCGUCCCUCGAACCAACCUUUGCGGAAGGCCACCACAUUAGCGCAACGGCGGGCGUGUCCUUCCUCUACCAUUCAUGGAAUCGAGGCGAUGCCGUCGAGGGAGAGGCGGCGUUGCCCCCGGCCCCGUUGACCUGCCACGGCGACAUCCCCCCGGUCCAGAUUCGACAGGACCAGCCACUACCCAAGCGCGAAGAGGCCGAUGUGCUUCUGGAACGCUAUUUCCGGUUCGCGACGCCGACGUAUCGCUUCCUCCACCGGCCAACGCUCGAGAAGUGGACGUCUCAGCUGUUGACGGGGGCCCGUAUGUUGACGGCCGAAGCCGCGUGUACUCUUUUGGUGUUCUCUCAAUCACUGCUGUACACGGGGGACGGCGGUAAAUAUAUCGACGGUGGCGAUCAGGACCUCAACCGGAGCCAGUUUUACUUCGAAAAGGCCAAGUCUCUUCUCAACCAAGAGCCUGGACCAGCGUCCGUGGCCAGUGUCCAGGCCCGGCUCGCCAUGUGUCUGUACCUCCUCAGCACGUUCCGGAUCAACGAGUGCCGGUUCUGCUUCAGUAUGGCCUGCACGCUGUUGACGUCCAUCGGCUUGCACCGGAAACUGUCGUCCGCGCACAAGCUCGACCUGGUGACGCUGGAGUCGCGCAAACGCACGUUCUGGGGCGCGUAUGUCCUGGAUGAUUAUCUGAGUGUUAUGCUGGGGCGGCCACGCAUGCUCCGUGACGAAGACAUCGACCAGCCCUAUCCUCGCAACAUUGACGAUCAAGACUUGCUCUCGUCCGAAUCGCCCGAGGACCUGCCCUUGCACGGCAACCUGGAGGCGUUCAUUGCCCACGCGGACCUCGCCAAGUUGAUGGGACGUAAUAGCGACCUCCUCUAUCCGAUCCACCCGCUGUCGGAAGAUCAACUCUUCGACCGCACCAACUGGAUGCUCGCGGCCACGCUGGAGUGGAAGGAGAGUCUUCCUGAUUUCCUGAAGCCCCGCGACAAGACGCUGGCGGGACAACGAACGUUCGAGCGCCAAAACACCGUCCUGAAGCUCGCGUAUGCCCAUCUCCGGAUCCUGGCCACCCGGCGAUGCCUGCUCGCGGACUUUAGCCGCCUCGGUCGGCGGGCGUCCUCGGUCUUGGACGAGAGGGCCCUGAACCCGAUCCGGGAAUGCGCCAGUGCCAUCAGCGCCAUCCUCAACACCAUCUGCGACUUGAUCCAGCGCGCGGCACUGUACCAGUCCUUCUGGUUCACGCAGUACAUCGCCCUCGUCGCCGUCUCCACGCUCUACGUCUUUGUCAUCCAGAGCAACCGCGCCAACAUCCCGCCGGGCGUGUUCCCCGACAUGAACGCCUUCUUCGACAAGGCCAAGCUGUGCCAGGAUCGGCUGGCCGCGAUGGCGCCCGAGGGCAGCCAGGCACGGCGGCACUGUCAGCUGCUGAGCCGGCUUCGACACCGCGCGGAAACCGACGCUGUACGCGCGAAGAGGAACAAUGAAUUCAGGAUGUCCGCCUUGGAGCGCGGGACGCCCGUGUCGACAGUCGCGCCUCACGAGGUGGCAUCGACGGCCCACCAGGCUGCAGAGCACGCAGAUUCGAAGAGCACGAGUCCCCGCCCAGCUCAGUCUCACCCCACGGCGGCGGUGUCCUCAGACCAGCAUGAAUAUUCCACCAAUGCCCGACCUGCCGGCGAUGUGGCUCUCGGUGCGGAUGCCGCGCUCGCGGGCCAGUUCACACCGUCCGAGGACGACUACAUGUUCCAGAACCUGCUGGGCUGGGGGUGGGAGAGCCUGGACACGGUUGGGUUUCCGGGCGAGGGGGAUCUGUUCACAUCCACAUCUUGA